AUGGAAGACAUUUUGAAUGAAAUAAUUUCUUUAAGUGAGAAGAAGCGUAUGGAGAGGUCUCAGGAAGGCAGCACAAGAGAAAGUGUCAAAUUUGGAAUGAACCAACAGAAGAAGAAACAGGAUGAUUGUGUAACAAAGUUAAGUGGAAAAUCAUAUCAUAGUAGUAAGAGUGCAACAAUAUGGAGUAGACACAUGGUUGGUGAGAAACAUCAAACUGGGGAGAAGCCUCCAACUGGGGAGAAGCCUCCAACUGGGGAGAGCAGAGGUGAGUCGGAUGAUCUGGGGAAUCAGUGGGACUCGUCGACAGUGUGUUCUGUGGAAGAUGACAUAUGUGAAGAGAAAGCACAUUUGUUUAAGAAAAUAAUUAACCAAAGAAAUAAAGCAAAUAGGGUAAAAUCGAAUGAGAAUGAGGAAAUAUCGGGAGCAGAGGCGGAGAUUUAUUUUAAAGAUCUUGAGAAGAAUGUAGAUGAAGAGACUAUUCCGUUAUGUGAAAAUAGGAGUGCACUAAAUUCAUACUUAAUAAAUGUAAAUGAAAUUAAUACAGACAUUUCAUGUUUGUAUACAAAUAUGGACAAAAUGAACAUUUUAAAAAAGAAAAUUGACCUGAAUAUUUAUGACAAUGAAGAGUUGAAUGGGAAGAUUAAUUCAAUUAUUUCCAAUUGCGAAGAAAUAAUUGCAAAAGUGAAAAUAAGAAUAAACAGAUUAAAUGAAGAAAAUAUAAUAUUUGAAAAAAAUAGUAACCUUGUGAGUGAAAUUAAAUUACGCAUAAACAUCUUCAUUGAUAUUGUAAAUAAAUAUAAAAUGUGUAUUAAUAAAUAUAAAAAUAUAUGUAACCACUAUUAUGAAUAUAUAAAUAAAAAUCUAAUAAAACAUUAUAAAUUGAUUAUUCCAAAUAUAAAUGAUCUGAUGGAGGGGAAAAAGAGUACUAGUUCAAGAUUCCACAAUAAAUUCCUGACAAGAGGUAAAACAACACCAGUACUACUACCAUAUGAAGAUAUAGAAAAUUUCUUAAAUUCAGAAAAAACAAAUAAAAACAUGUACCAAAAUUGUGGAUAUAAUAACAUGUACACAACAAAUAUGGAACAAGUAAAUAUACAAAAAAUGAAAGAAAAAUAUAAAGAAUUAAAACAAUUAGAAAAAAAUAUUUCUGCAUUGAAUGAAUUAUACAUAGAACUUGCUUAUGUCAUAAAGAAAAGAAAAAAUUACAUUAAUAAUAUUGAAAAUAAUGUCUACCAUGUCAAAGAUUAUACUCAGGAUGCACUCCACAAUAUUAUACAAGCCAAUAGAUACAAUACUCUUAUUAAAAAAAAAAUUUUCUAUUUUAGCAUUUUCCUCUUAGUUAUUGCCUUAAUUAUUUUGUUUCCUAUUUUUUUCAAUUAUACUCUACUCCAUUGA